CGUGAUUCUCGAUCGGUCGGGAACUUUUAACUUUUCCCCCAACAGUUGUGGGUCCGUGAGUGGUGGUUGCGAUGUCGGAUUUAGGAAGUGGAGAUGAGGGGUCGAGUUCACAAAAAUACCACCCAGGGAUGGAGCAGGGCAGUGCUGAAUACGACCCAGGUCAGCAGGGACCCGUCGAGCAAGAGCUGGCGACGAAAAUGUUGCAAAUCCAAAGUAAACGUUUCUAUUUGGACGUGAAGCAGAAUCGGCGAGGUAGAUUUAUUAAAGUAGCCGAGAUCGGAGCCGACGGCCGCCGCUCGCAAAUAUUCCUAGCCCUAUCGACGGCAGCCGAAUUUAGAGACCACCUGUCCACGUUUAGCGACUUUUACUCAUCCUUAGGUCCGCCGAAUCCGGAAAACGUGCCCGAGGACGGCAAGCUGCGUAGCGAAAUGAUGGUAAAGGACAACCGACGGUACUACCUGGACCUGAAGGAGAACUCUCGCGGGCGCUUCCUGCGCGUCUCGCAGACGAUAACGCGCGGCGGCCCGCGUUCGCAGGUCGCGAUACCCGCGCAGGGUAUGAUCGAAUUUCGUGACGCGCUCACGGAUUUACUGGACGAAUUUAGUGCCGACGAGCACGCGUACAAACCGGAUCUUCCAGAGGGUAGGCACGUUCACGUUGAUAAUAAGAACUUUUACUUCGAUAUCGGUCAGAAUAAUCGUGGCGUUUAUAUGCGUAUCUCGGAAGUGAAGACCAACAUUCGGACCGCGAUCACGAUUCCGGAGAAGAGCUGGCCGCGCUUUCGCGACAUACUCGCCGAUUACUGUGACAAGAUCAAACCCGGUAGCAGUGGAGCUGGUUCUGUCGCUGCUACUGCCGAUCAGUCGCAUACAAUGGGUAAUAGCAACUCUACCCAGCAACAUUUACAAGAUACCUCAGGCGGCGGAGGCGGAGGCGGUGGGGGUAGUUCUAGCAUGAAAUGAGGCUGGCAACUUCUUUAGGCUGUCUCUAGGUCAUAUUAAACUAAUUGUAUGAAUAAGAAGAAAUUGUCGCCGCGGCUCCCGCUCCUCGACGCACUGUUUUUGGCAAAUAAAAAAAACGGAAGGCGGCGUGGAUCGACCGGAGCCGCAGGCGCAGCCCAGGUCUUGUUUUGGUCGAUUGGUUUCUGUGCAGUGUUCUAAACACUAUAAAUGUUAGAUGAUGAUAUAUUCUAUAUUCUAUGUUACAAGUUACUAAAUUAUUUAUUAUUAUUAUUAUUAUAGUAAUUGUAUUUGUGACCUGACAGAUUGUGUCACGCGGGCGUAGAUUCGACAAGUACACCAUAUAUUAACUAACAUUCUUACAAAACGUAUGUGAUUACAUCUCAUUAAAUUAUUUUUCUAAGUUACAAUGUUAAUCUCGAAAUUUUUAUAUUGUGAACUUACUGUGAAGGGGGAAGGCGGGGUCGAGACCCCGCCUUCCUUCGCGUUCAAUCUUUAUUAAUUCUCAAACGUUAUUUGUUAAUUUAGAUUUUUAUUUUUUUAGUCCUAGUCAACGAUGAUCUUAACGGAGACGCGCGCGCACGCGCGUUACUUUCCCAGUCUUAAGCCGCGUGCGCGCGCGCGCCUCGUACAGCUUUUAGUGAGUAAUUAAUGUUGCAAAAAAAAACCAUUUUCGGUGAGAGUUUUUAAAUUUCUCUGUACGCUGGACAUUUUUGAGUACACGCACUAGUUUAAUGUUCCGGUUUCCGACGUGAUGCGAAGCGCAACUCUAAAAAAAAAACCCGUUGGAAACCCGUCGCGGUUUGCGUUACUGCAUCGCCAUAUUAUUUAUGAACAAAAAAAAAGCAAAGCUCGUGUUCUGCAGUAACGGAAACCACCUAGAAUUUUAUUAUUUUAGAUCGGAUUCGUCCGCCGUACGCUUCGUUAGGACUCGUACGCCGGAUGAAUGUCGGGGGUGAUCGCGAUCGCCCUAAUUCGCGCGCCCCCCUCCCCCCCUUAGAUAAGGUGAUGUGUUCUUUAACGAUUCAUAGAUGUCGUAAGUACAUAGGUAUGCUUCAUUGAGCUGGACACGAGGAGUUUUUGCUCACGUUUGUGGUUUAUCAAAACGCAUGCGUGACUAUGUUAAGUGCUCACACUGUGAUAUAUAAUAUUUAAAAUUAUAAUCAAAUCGGAGAUGAGUUGCGUCAAUUGGAAUUUGGAUACGGAACAUACGACUGAACGGUGCGUUGAUAUCGAUUUUGAUAAGUUCGACAAAUGUGCGGUCAAAAAUGUAGCCGAGUGCUGGCUGUUUGUCAUCAUCGUCAUAAUUGUGGUACUGCCAUUUUGAAAUGAGUACGCGUAAAUUGGUCCGUCUCAAAAAGUAUAUAAUUAAAAAAAAAAAGAAAACCGAUGGUUGAUAUGUAUUACGAUAGUUGGUAACAUUCACCACCACAAGUCCUCACUGUUGCGCUUCUAACGCGCCUUCAAUACACUGUCAUUAUUUAUAUUGAAAUGUUAUUUUAAACAUUCAGUUACAAAAAAUUAAAUUAUUUAUAAAAACUUGAA